AUGUAUUUUUGCCCCUGCUCAUGUGAUGACCCCAUUGAUCCUGAAACGGAAGAGAACUCAUUCUUUACUCUGCCUAGAAAUCUUUCCUACGUUCAGGACAGUUACCUGGAUCGCUACAGCGUGAGCGCGCGUUUCGUGCACAAUCCAAAAAUAGAACGGUGUAUUCAGCAUCAACAAGAUCGCGAGUGGAAGGCUAAUGUAGAGGCCGAAACUUUGGGAUUGUUGUCUACCAUCACAGCACAGGAGUUGAGUGGUCGGUGUGACGGCGGUUUUGACACUCUAUCUUCUUCAACAUUUGACUUUUCACGUGUAGAUACUUCACCUUCUGAAGCUGUGGUUUCGAGUUCGUCUGGUCAUUUUACAGCAGGCUGGUCGGAGGGGCAGUCUUCUUCGUCCUGUUUCACAGCGUCUUCGUUCUUUCACCCUGCCUCCGUGGUCGCAUCAAAAAUUUCUGCAUUUCUUCACUCCCCGCCGAAUGAAUCAAUGGCGUCGGCAAGAGAUAUAGGGACAAGUGUGGACGGGGAUAGCCUCCCUUUGAUGUCUGAGGCGUCUGCCAAGGUGGGACCUUUGUUUGUGGAGUGUUCCCGUUACUCUGGCGAUGAUAUGGAUAGGGACAGUGUUUUGGAGAACUGUGCUUCUCAUACAGUAUUGAGAUCUUCACCCACUGAGUUAGCUGGUCAGGUGGUUGGUACAACAGUUAAAGGUGAACAUGAUAAUAACUUCGAAGAUAGUGAGAUAGCAAUAUCGUCAGGUAACUUCGAUGACGAUUUAUUAGAUGAUACUGACAGCAACAGUUCUGACGCCCACAGUGUACCUCGCACAAAUAUGCAGGAAAUAUAUAAUGCCAAAGAGAAUCCCGUUUUUACAUCAUCAUUCGAGUCAAAUGACUUCUGGUCCCAGAAACCUGAUCAUAUUGGAGAGAAAAUCCGGUUUCCUACAAAGAACACCAGUUCUGAUAGCGAGAACCAAGAAAUGAUGUCCGAAAGUAAUUCCCAAUUCAGGAGUUUGAGAGAUCCUUCGCUGACGCCAUUGAAUGUUUCAAGGAAGGAUAAUUUUUCUGAAGGGGAUAUAACUUCGAGAAUGUACGAAGACGGCAGUUGUGGGAAUGUUUUAAGUAUCGGCGUGAGUGCCUUGUGUGGCUCGCCGGACUCUGAUGCUUUCAGUGAAGAGGGCGUCUUUGUGAACACGGAUGACCUGGACAGUACCCACGAGAAGUCCACUACAGUGAGCGACGCCAGCGAUGACACGUUUAUAUCUGCUGAUUCCAUGUUUAUGAGCCCAGACGAAGGAGAGUUAGAGGAUGAGGACGACAGCGGAAAGGAACCGGUAGGGAAAAUGUCAAUACAAGAAGCUAUUAGUCGUGCAGCCUCUGACCUCAAUAAGAUAAGCCUGGGUAUUUAUGGGUCAAGCCACUCCACAUCCCUGUCUUCUAUCACUACCUCUAACAGUUCACUUUCGGAUGCUGGAACCGAUCUUAGAUUUCCACCUCGAAUUGAGAAAUCCCCAGGUAGAAGCUCUCCUGUUAGGACACACCCCGGACUUAAAAUACAAAUAGAUGAAAGCUGUCUUGGUUCGCAGAGUCUCUUGACUGACUCCUCCCUGACGCUAACGGAGAGUCCAGUAUACCCAGACGAAGAGUUUAACUUCAGCAGAGUUCAGCUUCGAAAAAGUUCAUCGCUUAAAAGCAACAAAACUCCGCCUGGUACCCCACAUCGGAAAAAAGUUGUACGUUUUGCCGACGCCAUGGGACUGGAUUUAGAAUCAGUACGCCAUGUUUUGAACAUGGAGUCUCCGCCGAAAAUUCCCGCUUCCGCCCUUGCCGAUCUAAUGAGAGGAUUAGAGGAAGAUAACUCUGAAGUUGGUUCCAAAUAUCUAUGCCCCUGCUUCAGCCAACCCGGAGCAGCCGGGAAUUUUAUCACCAGAAUUCUCAACCAGAAAGUGUGUUUGGAAAACGCUAUAAUUAAUGACCUAACAAUUACUGGCUUCGUCCGCGUGGCCAACAUUGCGUUCCACAAAGCGGUUCGUAUACGAUACACACACAACGGCUGGAGCUCUUUCUAUGACAUAGCUGCAAGCUAUGUGCAGAACUCUUGCGACGGUCCAACAGACCGCUUCUCCUUCAGCAUCGUGGCGCCGCCAUACUUCGGUCCUGGAAGUCGUCUGGAGUUUGCCGUCUGCUACAUCGCCGAAGGAGUCGAGUACUGGGACAACAAUGAGGGCAGAAACUAUAUAUUCGAAUGUUUUGCGAAGUCGAUUCCCAUGGACAGCGAGACGGCUUGGCUACAUUUCUUAUGA